GUUGUGCUAGCAUAGGCAACUCAGUUUACGUGUGGAACAAUAUUUUUGUUGAGGUUAAUAUUAUUUUGAAUGCGUUUUAGAAGUAAAAUACUAAAGUUUGCAAAGUAAUUACUGCAAAAGUAAGAAUAAUGUCUAUGAACUUAGGGAAAUUAGUCUGUUUAUUAAUCAAAGAACGUUUUGGUGAUAUCGUUAAACAAAUCGCACAUUAUUUACAUACACAUGGUUCCAGCCCUCUGUUGUACAUUAAAAAGGGCACAGAUUUACCAUUAUCGAAAGUCAAAGAGUCACUCUGUGUGUUGAUAAAAUAUGGUCUGGUUUCCUUCAAGCCUAACAAAAACCACAAUAUUGCAAAUUACACAUUACUAUAUGAUAAAAUUUUAUUGAUUGUCAGAUAUCCAGCCUAUAUAAGUCUAAUUAAACAAAAAUUUGGAGAAGAAACUGAAAUUAUGCUUGAAGAAAUCAUCCAGAAUGGAUAUGCUUGUAUGUCUGAAGUGCUCUACAAAACCCAAGACAGACUAAUCAAAGAACAAGAGAAAAAUGUGCCUUUUACAGAACUAAGAGAUAAAUUCUAUUCACUUAUUAUAGCUAAAUACAUUGAAAGAGUACCAUUUGAUGCCGAUGAAAAACCAGUGCCUGAACCAACAAUCUCAGACUGUCAAAAAUACAUUCAACCUGAGAUAAAUAUCAAAAUAUUGUCUGAGCAAAUUGCUGGCACUAAUACAAACCCAACUUAUCCAGACAAAAAUAUCUACUGGAACAUUAAUCAUGAUAGAUUUCAUCAAGAUAUGAGAGAUGCACAGAUUGUGAGUGCAAUUAGGAAUAAAUUUGAUCCUGAAGCUGGGGAAGUGAUAAGGAUAUUACUACAACAGAUGUACAUUCGAAAUGAGCCAUGGACACAUGCAUCCAAUCCAAUUCCAAUCCUUGAAGUCAAGGAUAUCAUUAGAAAAAUGAAUAAAUUCCCAAACCUAGUUGCGUUUUUUGAUAAUUACGUAUCCGUGGUUGAGCAGGAUUGUUGCAAUGUUAUUCUAAAAGUCGGAGAAGCUAGUGGUGGCUCGUAUCAGAUAAACAUGAAGCAAAUAUUUACAGUGUUAGCGUGGGAGACAAUCGAUCAAAUCGUCCUGGAGCGUUUUGGAUCAAAAGCUGCGAGAAUAUUUCGUUUGAUUAAAGCGAAAGGAUACAUAGAACCGGAUAAUAUUCAGAAAUUUGCUAUGAUUCCAGCAAAAGAAGCCAAACGCAUUAGUUAUCAAUUGCUAGAGGAAAACUUUGUUGAUAUUCAUGAGUUGCGCAAACCUAUGGCCGUCGGAGCGGCGAAAUCAUUUACACUUUUUCAUAUUAAUUUAGCGAGGGUUGUGCGCAUGGUGCUGGAUUUGUGCUACAAGACUAUGUACAAUAUGUUGACCAGAAAGUUUCACGAACAUGAGUUUAAUAAGCGUAUUAUCGAUAAGAAACAAAAGGUUGACACGCUGCUUCUGACCGUAAAGAGUCAGGGAGCACCUAAUGAACAACUGGCUGAUAUUGAAGGAAUGAUUUCUCCGCCUGAACGUGAAAUAUUAGCACGGAUUGAAUUAAAUUUAGAAAAAAUUAAUGCUGUUGAGUUUGAGAUUGACGAUACCAUUUUUAUAUUACAAAUGUUUCUUGCUUAUGAAAAGGAAUAAAAGAAUAUACAAGGUGCUGAUCAAAAAUGUCUUCCACGUCUUUACUCAUAUCGCUUUUAUGACCACCGGUUUUACCUUGGCGAAUAAAAUUACCUUCUGCAUUUGAA